ACAUAAGUUUAUGAAAGAGCGCGAAGUUCGUCAUUGGCCUUGACCUUCUGGCUUAUUCAAACUUCUGUUCCAUAGUAGAAAAAACAUUUUCAACAUAUACAUUUAACCAAUCGCUAAUCUUAUGACUCUCAUCGAAAUGGGUCUCAUUAAUAGUGUUAAUAAAUCAGAUGACCUCCAAUGUUUGUUCGACGAAUACAAGACGAGAAUUAAAGCAAAAUCUCAUCUACCUUCUAAUCCACUUAAGCCUUUGAUCCAGUUUCUACAAUCAGUCGGUGAAUCCAUAUUCGACAAACGAAAACCUAUAUGCUUUAGUGCUAGUCUUUUAGAUCAUGAUUUCAAAGAGAUUCGUCAAGGCCUGAUAACAGUAAGAGUUUACGAUAUUAAGUUUCAAUAUGUCCAUAAUAACCAAACUGUUGUUCUACUUUGGCCACUCCACGGUUUACGAUGGUAUGGAAGGAAUAAAUCCUUAUUUUUAUUUCAGUCUGGCAGUCGAUGCAAGUUAGGUCCAGCACUUUUCAUAUUUAAAUGUAAACAUCCUAAAAGACUGGUUUCCUGCGUUGAAAAACGAAUAAAUUCUCUCUUGCAUCUUUAUCGAAAUAUGACGUCUGUCAUAAAAUAUCUGCAUCCAAUACGAGAAUCGUGUAUAGAUCGCAAAACAAGAUCAGAACUCAAAAUAAGAUCAAUUGGUUUUUCCAAGUCAUUAGACAAAGAAAAUGCAGAAAAAUCUCAUUCGAUUGAAUCUCUCCGGUCUCCAUCAUCUGUAGUGUUUAUUUGCGGUCCAAAUGACUAUCUUCUACCACGCAAUAUACCUGAACACAAUACGCUUACUUUUGAUUCUGUAACGGAAACGCCUGGUUCUCGUGUAGAAUUAUCAACAUUUAGCCAGAUACAUUUAGACCUACCAAAUGGAAACUACCUUGAGGCUGCUUUUGCUCCUAACUUACCAUUGAUGAGUAAUACUCAAGAUAACAAUAGCUCAGAACAUGGAAAAUAUGUUGUAAUUGCUUUAUCUCCACAUUUCAACAGCCCCUCCAUGAAUUUUAUGAUAAACUCUCAUUCCCCAUUUAGAAAAUGUUCAAAUAAUAUUUAUUUUCCGGAACCGAUGUGAUACCUUUUCAAAACUUAUAUAAUACAUCGCUUUGUUUAAUUA